AUGAUGGCUGCCCAAGUGGCGCGGGCCUGUGCCGUAUUCCAAGUCGACGAAAUUGUUGUCUUCAAUGACGGCCAAUCGCAAGCCGGAGCUCGGCCUCGGAGAGGAUUCGAAGGAGACGGCUACACGGGCUACUCGGACCCUGACGACUUCCUCUACCAUGUCCUGAGCUACCUGGAAACACCCCCACAUCUCAGGAAGACGCUGUUCCCUAUGCACCCCAACCUUAGAACCGCUGGGGCAAUGCCGAGCUUGGAUAUGCCGCAUCAUUUGCGCGCAAACGAAUGGUGUCAGUACCGCGAGGGAGUGACUAUGGGCGCGGAUGCAGCGUUCGCAGAGCCGCACGGCAAGCGCAGUAAAGGCCACGCCGUCUCAACUCUAGUUGAUUGCGGUCUGCCUGUGAAGACGCGCAUCCCAGUCGAAGUACCUCCCGGAUCUCGCGUCACAGUCAAGUUUGCGUCUGCCGAUGAGCCUCAGCUGGAUGGUUAUACNCCCUUGGAUGCCGAGGCCGUCUCNCCUGAUACACCGAGAGAGGAGACCGGCUACUAUUGGGGCUACUCGACAAGGAUGGCAUCCUCCCUGUCGGCAGUAUUUACGGAGUGUCCCUAUGAUGGUGGCUACGAUAUCAGCUUCGGUACAUCUGAGCGUGGUAUCACACUGGCGUCUCUUUUCAACGCUUCGGGCAACAGUUUCGAAGUGCCGCCAGUCCCAACCCAAUGGAGGCAUAUGGUUGUUGUUUUCGGCGGCGUGGCAGGUCUAGAAGUCGCGUUAAAAGCGGACAAGAAUCUAACGUCCAAGGGCGUGACGGAGGCCAAAGACGUGUUCGACUAUUGGGUCAAUCUCGUGCCUCAGCAAGGAAGCAGGACGAUCCGUACAGAAGAGGCGGUAUGGCUGGGAUUGAUGGGCCUGCGUACAGUUGUGCAGGACCGACAGGAAGCGGUGUGA